AUGACCGUGCAGGGGCUCAGGACUGUCACGUCUGCCCAGAACGGGGCCGGCGCUUUCAUCCUCCAAUGCAAACGCCUCGAUCUGCACUACAACCUCCAAGGCGCCAGUUCCCACGGCCUACGAACCUUUGUCCAAACCCUCCUCCCCAAGUUCGCACGGCAAUACCCCCAAAUCGAAUUCCGGGUCUCGCCGACCCCCAAAAAGCACCCUGUCGUACGCGGUCACUAUAUCAACGGCCGGGAGAAGCCGAUCUGUGUGCGGAACAUGCAGCCCAACGAAAUCCUGAAGAAGGUGAUCCUGCUGAAGGAGGCCAGCGGCGAGAAGAAUCGGCGGCAGUCGAAGCCCGUGCGCAGUCUCAACGAGAGCGUGCGUGGUAUCUGGUCGCCGUAUCAUGGUGAUUUGCGCGGUGUAUGA